GUCGUUGUCAUUUUUUUGUAUCACCUUAGUUGAUAAUUGUGGGAGUCAGUGUUUCAGCAAUAACAUCAAAAAUUAUUACUGAUAACUUACUCAGUGGAAAAAAUAAGUCACAUUUCAACAUGUCUCGGCAAACUUCUAGACUUGAUGCAAAAAAAGUUAAUUCAGAGUUAUUAACACUAACAUACGGUGCUCUAGUUUCACAAAUGUUGAAAGAAAUCGAUAAUACAGAUGAUGUUAAUAAACAACUAGAGAGAAUCGGUUAUAAUAUGGGCGUGCGAUUGAUUGAAGACUUUCUAGCACGUACAGGUUCCAAUCGAUGCAUGGAGAUGAGGGAAACGGCAGAUAAAAUACAGCAAGCAUUUAGACUGUACCUGAACAUGCAACCAACAGUAACAAGCUGGAGUAGUGCAGGGGAUGAGUUUUCCCUUGUCUGGGACCAGUGUCCACUCAGUGAGUGGGUGGAGAUGCCCAAUAAUGGAUUGAAGUACUGUGGCCUCAUACCAGGGGCUAUUAGGGGUGCGUUGCAGAUGGUGCAGCUUGAUGUGCAAUGUUGGUUCAUACAGGACCAAUUAAAAGGUGAUGCAGUAACUGAGUUAAGAGUGAAGUAUAUAAAGAGAUUGGAAGAUGCUGUACCUGCUGGAGAAGAUUAAGGAAUAUUUAUUUGUUGAAAUUGGAUGUCUUCUUAUGUGGAAUUACAUAGUAUAUCUUAUGUAAAGGCUAGUUCACAUUUGAUGUGUAUAAUGAUAACUUUGUUUUCUAUGGUAAUUUUUUUUAGUAAACUAUUGAUAUUAUAUAAAAUGAUCGUUAGGAAAUUGGAAAUUGGUUUAUACAGGUACUAUUUUUCCACAUGCAGCUUUGCUGGUAUGGUCAAGAAGUUCUCCUUUGCAAUGUGAAAGAAAAG